AUGGCGGACUCAGCAAUACCGACCCUGUUCAGCCAAUUCUGCUUCUUCAAGAGCCUCUCGUACUCGCUCUACGAGUACGACUGGUACAACUUUGUAGAACAAUGGCAGGCCAUGGUCGCCGUCAACGCGCCUAUCCCAGAGUUCACCCACAACCUCGUCCCCUUCUUCUCAAAUGCUCGAAGGCUCAUACCUGUCUUUCACCGCUACUUGAGCUUUGCUCGUCAGGAUGCCGAGUUCUUGAAUACGUUGACAAAUGUCUUGAUGUCGACCCCGCUGAUGAUCAAAGUCCAAGAGAUCCUGCGGUCCCCGAGUUUGUUCCAGAACUAUGUUUCCGCACUCAAGCUCGACAAUCCCUCGGCAUCUCAUACACAGGUUAUGCAGUCCAUCCAGGCCUUCCUCUCAGCCCUACCAGCUCCGACCCGACUCCGGAUCCAACGAGCCUUUGCAGAAGCAGAGGCAUCCGAUUCAAUGGGCUUGUCUACAUUGACACUGGAGACCGUCUUUCAGCUGCUUCGCUCUGACACCCAGCUCUAUAUCGACGUCCUCACAACGCUGCAGCUUAACCAGACACGCAAUAUGCCCUGGGAUACAGUGGUCUCCAAGAUCAGGGGCAUCGUAACCGCGAAGAAACCCUAUAUCUGGUCAGACAUGGACCAAUUCCUCAAACAACUUCACUGGGGUCAUUACCAGGUUGAUUAUGGCUACCAGGACGACGCAUCCUAUGGCGAGGGGCACUAUGGCGACUAUGGCGAAUACGAAAACGAUGAUAUCGUGGAGAGGGUCGAAGGUGUGGAUUAUUAUCCGGAUGAGCAGGACGAGAGGGAAUUCGGGCGGUUCGGUAGCGAUAUGCAGGGAACGAGCACCAGCACGGGGGGUGUCAAGGCGGCGCAGAAGUUCGAGGGAGGCUCUCAGGAUGGCAGGAGCUUGGGUGACCAGUUCUCCAAGAUGACAGUUGCAGAUAAGCGUCCUGUCGUCGCGACGUUCUAG